UGUCCUGACAUUCCAUCCUACCCGUCAGAUUGUCCUACCAAGGCUUACUGCGCAUGCGCACAUCAAUUUUGCGUCAUUUUUGUCACGCUGAACAACACGCCCAUAAUAUUUUACUACUUGCGUGAGAACUUCUUCAUCUGAGCUAUGGAAGAUAAGUGGGAAGCACUGUAUAAUCUUCUGUCAGUGGGAUCGUACCCAUCAGGGUAUGAUAAGUCCAAAAGGCAGAACAUUAGAAGAUAUGCACUUAAAUUCAACCUAAAGGAUGGAGAGCUUUUUUAUGGAAGCAAAAGAGUGAUAAAAACCAAAGAGGAAGCCAGGAUGCUCUUUGAAGAAUUCCAUUCCUCGCCCAUUGGUGGACACACGGGGAUUGGUAAAACACGUGCUGCCAUCUGUGCCAGAUUUUACUGGCAUGGCAUGUCAGUUGACAUUGAAAAUUGGGUAUUGGAAUGUGAUCAAUGUCAAAAAGUUGGAAAGCCUUUGACUGCUGUGCAGACCUUACAGUGCAUCAAGGUUUCUGCUGUUUGGGAGCUUGUUGGCAUUGAUUUAACUGGACCAUUACCUGAAACUGCAGAUGGCUUUAAAUACAUCCUCACAGCCACAGACUACUUCUCUAAGUGGGUUGAGGCUUUUCCUUUAAAAACCAAGACAGCAGCUGAAGUUGGAAGACAUCUCUGUUCCAUCAUUUAUAGGCAUGGUUGUCCCCAGAGAAUUCUCUCAGAUCAGGGAAGGGAAUUUGUAAAUGAUCUUAACCACAGGCUUUGUGAAAUGUUGUGCAUCAAAAGAAGUGUGACAGCAGCUUAUCAUCCUCAAACUAAUGGCCUGGAUGAAAAGACCAACGACAACAUUAAACGUAAUGAAGGUCUGGGCUGCAAAUGUCACUGGUCAGGUUGAAGCAGUUGUUGGGCCAUAUAAGCUCUAUGACUCUUCUUUUCACUCACUGCAAGGGGCCGAGUGGCUUGCUGAUGAAGUUAUUGAUGCAUACCUGCACCUGGUCGUUGAAAAACAACAGAACCACAUACACCAGCUUUGUGCAGUUGUUGCACGUUCGUUGUUUGCUGGACAGUUCAGAUGCCUAGGAAAGAUGAAGUUUCCCAUUGAGGACAUUUGGCUGUGCCCUGUGAACGUUGGAGCACAUUGGAUUCUUGUGAUUAUCAACAUGCCUGAAAAAACACUCCUUGUGAUUGACCCAAUGGGAAAUGAACGUUCUUAUGAACAUAAAAUUCUGCGGAACUGGAGGAAUUUUUUAAAACUGAGAUGUGAUGAGCAAACAGCCCAGUGGCAAUUACGGACCCUGAAGCACGACCUGCAGAUGGAUUCCAGCAGUUGUGGAGUAUUGGUAUUGAAUUUUGCUGAACAAUACCUGCUGACAGGAACGAUCAGCAAUGUUCAGACUACGCCUGAAGCGGUCAGCUCAGCACGCAUGAAAGUAGCCUGCACACUUCUUGGAUGUCGAGGUAAUGCAGAGGAGUACUGUGUGCUUUGCAGCAUGCUGGAAGACGACCCCAACGAAAGCAUGAUUGAAAUGGUACAGUGUGAGAGCUGCAAUAGAUGGGCACAUUUUAAAUGUUGCAACUUCAGUAGCCUAAAUGUGUUUAUGUGCAAAAAGUGUGUAGUAUAGUUUGAGUGUAUGUCCCUUUAUCAUUUGCAUUGAUAACAGUCUGCAGCACAGUGUGGUCUUAGUUCAUAUUUAUAUUAAUAACUUAUUGUUUUACUUGUUUUGUAUUGUGCCUCUGUGUUGCAUGAUUUUGAAUUUUGAAAUGAAUUUGAUUAAUAAUCUCCUUUCUGUAUA